AUGGCCGCGUCGGCAGAUUUAAGUAAGUCUUCCCCAACACCGAAUGGGAUUCCAUCUUCAGACACAGCCAACGAUGCCAUGGACCCCUUCCAUGCUUGCAGUAUUCUAAAGCAACUCAAAACAAUGUACGAUGAAGGACAGCUGACAGACAUUGUAGUGGAAGUGGAUCACGGGAAAACAUUUUCCUGUCAUAGAAACGUUCUUGCUGCAAUCAGCCCUUACUUCAGAUCCAUGUUCACUAGCGGCCUUACAGAAAGCACUCAAAAAGAAGUUCGAAUCGUCGGUGUUGAAGCUGAGUCGAUGGACUUAGUGUUGAACUAUGCCUAUACCUCCAGAGUUGUUCUGACAGAGGCCAAUGUUCAAGCCUUGUUCACUGCAGCUAGCAUCUUCCAAAUUCCCUCCAUCCAAGACCAAUGUGCUAAGUACAUGAUAAGUCAUUUGGACCCACAGAAUUCUAUUGGGGUCUUCAUCUUUGCUGAUCAUUAUGGUCAUCAGGAACUCGGAGAUCGAUCUAAAGAAUACAUUCGUAAAAAGUUCCUGUGUGUCACCAAAGAACAAGAGUUUCUUCAGUUGACGAAAGAACAACUGAUAAGUAUCCUAGACAGUGACGAUUUAAACGUAGACCGGGAAGAGCAUGUUUAUGAGAGCAUUGUAAGGUGGUUUGAACAUGAACAGAAUGAAAGAGAAGUGCACCUUCCAGAAAUUUUUGCCAAAUGCAUACGUUUUCCUCUGAUGGAGGACACCUUUAUAGAGAAAAUUCCACCUCAGUUUGCACAGGCUAUAGCCAAAAGCUAUGUGGAAAAGGGACCAUCCAGUACCAAUGGCUGUACACAGAGACUUGGAAUGACUGCAUCGGAAAUGAUCAUAUGUUUUGAUGCUGCCCACAAACACUCAGGAAAGAAGCAAACAGUGCCUUGUCUAGAUAUAUUCACAGGAAGAGUGUUCAAACUAUGCAAACCACCAAAUGAUCUAAGAGAAGUUGGGAUUCUCGUAUCACCGGAUAAUGAUAUUUAUAUAGCAGGAGGGUACAGGCCAAGCAGUAGUGAGGUAUCCAUCGACCACAAGGCAGAAAAUGAUUUCUGGAUGUAUGACCAUUCCACUAAUAGGUGGCUAUCCAAACCGUCCUUGCUUCGAGCCAGAAUAGGCUGCAAACUGGUGUAUUGCUGUGGUAAGAUGUAUGCAAUUGGAGGGCGAGUUUAUGAAGGCGAUGGGAGAAACUCACUAAAAUCUGUGGAGUGCUACGACAGCAGAGAGAACUGCUGGAUGACCGUUUGUGCCAUGCCUGUUGCUAUGGAGUUUCAUAAUGCUGUGGAGUACAAAGAGAAGAUCUAUGUUUUACAGGGAGAAUUUUUCCUCUUCUAUGAGCCUCAGAAAGACUACUGGGGUUUCUUAACCCCCAUGACUGUGCCUAGAAUCCAGGGCUUAGCAGCUGUAUACAAGAACUCUAUCUACUACAUAGCUGGAACCUGUGGAAAUCAUCAGCGGAUGUUUACUGUAGAAGCCUAUGAUAUUGAGCUCAAUAAAUGGACUCGUAAGAAGGACUUUCCUUGUGAUGAGUCCAUAAACCCAUACCUUAAACUGGUACUUUUCCAGAAUAAACUCCAUUUAUUUGUCCGAGCUACUCAAGUGACCGUUGAAGAACAUGUCUUCAGAACCAGCAGAAAAAAUUCCCUUUACCAAUAUGAUGACAUCACUGACCAAUGGAUGAAAGUGUACGAGACCCCAGAUCGGCUCUGGGACCUUGGCCGGCAUUUUGAAUGUGCUGUUGCUAAACUCUAUCCUCAGUGUCUUCAGAAAGUACUUUAA